AUGGAUGCACCCACGGCCGCCUCGCUUGGUCGUCUCCGUCGUGCCGUGCUGAUUGGUCUCUGUGCUGAGCAGGGCAUCGAGGUGGCCGGAGACGCCACGAAGGCGACCCUGAUUGAAGAGCUUCUUCGUCACCAUACCGCUCAACGAGAUCGGGGCACGCCGCCCAUGUCAGCAGCGACCGAGAAGCCAGGUUCAAGCAGCACUGCCAGGCCGUCGUCGAGCGAAUCGGACGAUUCGACAAGCACAAAGACUCGGCGCAAGACACCAAAAGGACCAUUGAAGAAGCGCACGACGGACUCCGACAAGCCUCUGCUGCUUCGUACGCGGUCCAAGGAGGUUCAAUCGCCGCGCCCGCCUAGCCUCAAGCUGCAGUCCGGCGUAGCAGAACCCGCGCCCCCGGCAGACUCCAUCGACGAGCUCAACGGCUUGGAUUUGGAGAGCCUCAAUCUCCUCGACAAGGAGAUUGCGCCUCACAAGCUUGAGAAGGGCGAAAAAAUUGGGUCGGGCGGCUUCAAGGACGUUUACGUUGGCAAAUAUCAGAUCACGGCAUCACAGAAGCGCAGGGUGGCGAUUGCCGAAAUUCGCGAUCAGCUUUCAGAGAUGGACAUCAAGGAGAUCAAGCUUCUCCGAGACCUUCGCCACGAAAACAUCGUGCGCUUCAUCGGUGUCAGCAUCCCACAGGAGCCUCGAAACGUUCCCUGCAUGGUUGUCACUGAGCUCUGCUCCAACGGCGACCUCUACGACUACAUUCGUAACGUCGAAGCACCAAGCGACGAUGAAAUCUUUCGCAUCAUGCUUGAGACGGCGCGAGGUCUCGAGUAUCUGCACACACGCACUCCGACCAUCAUCCAUCGAGACGUGAAGUCGACCAAUGUCCUUGUCUCGCGCAACCGUACGGCCAAGAUUGCCGACUUUGGUCUGGCCAGGGUGCGCAACACCAAACGGUCCAAAAUUGGCAGCCUGGUGGGCACCGUCAACUGGCAAGCCGUUGAGCUCUGGAGCCCCAAACCCAACUACAACGAAAAGGUAGACGUCUGGAGCGCGGCCAUGACGUUCUGGGAGACGCUGCAAUGGCACCUCCGCGAGAAAAAGUACCCCUUCCAAGAGAUGAACGAACACCAGAUCUAUCUCGACGUUGGCCAGAAGAAGCUCCGACCGCCGACGGUGUCGAUCCGGAGGCGGUACGGUGGCGAGAUUGUCGAUCUGCUCGACCGGAUGUGGGAUCACCUGGCCAAGAAUAGACCGACAAUGACCGAGGUGUGCGAGGAGCUCGAGCUCCUCAUCGCCAUGAAGCGUUCCACUCAAGAGCCCCAGACGACAAAGCCCACCACUCGAGCGGCUGCUCACCAUCAACAUUAG